CGGUUCCGCCAUUUUGAAGUUGUAAUUUCGAUGCUAUUGCCUGUUCAAUUAAUAUUGUUUGUGAUAUACAUUAUACGCCGGCAUUUGUGAAUUGUGAUUUUGUUAUAUUUUUAACGCCUUACAUAGUUUUGUACGACUUUUGGAAACACAUUUAAGACAUGAAGAGAUUCAAUGAUGGUCAUUCAAAUGCCCCAUUCAAGAGACCUAAGAUGGGACCUGAUGACAUCGAAUUAAGAGUUCUCAUUCCAAGCAAGGUCGCUGGAUCAAUUAUUGGUAAAGGUGGAUUCAAUAUAUCCAGACUACGGACUGAUUACAAUGCCACAGUCACUGUCCCAGAUUGCCCGGGUCCUGAACGAAUUCUAACGAUCAUAUCAAGUAAUGAGAAUGCUCUUAAAGUCUUGGGUGAGGUCAUGUGCAAUUUAGAAGAUGGUGGAUCUCGUUUUAAACGUGGAGCAGCUGGCGGUGGUCAAGGAAACAAUGACAAUCAAGGAGAAACUGACGUUGAUGUCAGAAUGUUAGUACACCAAAGUCAAGCUGGAUGCAUUAUUGGAAAAGGAGGUUUAAAAGUCAAAGAACUUCGAGAAAAAACUGGAUCACGCAUCAAGAUUUACACUAGUUGUUGCCCCAUGAGUACUGACCGGGUUGUGCAAAUCACUGGAAAACCCAAUACGUGUUCUGACUGUGUUCGAGAAGUAUUGGAUUUAUUGAAAACUGCACCAGUAAAAGGAGCAGAAGACCCAUAUGACCCUAACAACUACGAUGAAUAUUAUUCUGACGAAUACGGUGGUUAUGGAAAUCCUGCUGGUGGUGGUGGUGGUGGUGGAGGAGGAGGAAUGCGAGGUGGAAAUAUGAAUCGUGGACCUCCUGGACCACCAGGCAGGUUCCAGAGUGGAGGUGGUCCCAUGAAUAAUCGUGGAAUGGGCGGCGGCGGACGUGGAGGUGGUGGAUUUGGCGGCGGUUUUGGUAAUGCAGGUGGUGGAAAUUAUGGAGGGAAUGCUGGAGGAUAUGGAGGUGGACCCGGUGGAUAUGGCAACAAUGUUGGAGCUGGUAACUUUGGAGCCGGUGGCGGUUAUGGUGGUGGCUUUGAUGAUGGUCCCAUGAAUGAUUUUAGUAUGCCUCCUCCAGCUAUGGGUGGUGGAGCCGGAAAACCUGCUGCCUUUAAUGGUUCGACGCAAGUCACUAUUCCGAAAGAUCUCGCGGGCGCAAUAAUCGGCAAAGCAGGCGCUAGAAUUCGCCGUAUUCGCCAAGAUUCAGGAGCCGGAAUCACAAUUGGCGAACCAACUGAAGGCUCAGAUGAACGAAUAAUCACUAUUAAUGGCACUGACAGUCAAAUACAGAUGGCACAAUAUCUAUUGCAGCAGUGUGUUCAAGCCCAGAAGCCUGGAGGACCUGGUGGAGAUGGUUUCAUGUAAGACAUCUUGUUCAUUACUGUUCAAUAAUGAUUCAAAUCAUACUCUACUCCAUUCACACUACAUAUAGUAAAUAAUUAGUAACCCAUUCGUGUGUAUUCAUAUAUGCUAAAACCUCUAAAAGUUAAUUUGUCGUUUUAAUACCACUGAGUAGAAAUUGAAGCAAAACUCUACAAUUGUUGUUUUUACUGCUGGUUUUCAGUUAAUUGUGCUUAGAUUUACAUUUCAAAACUUUUUUUUUGUAAAUAUAUGACAUUUAUAUUCAGUA